AGAAAACCCAAAAUAGUAAAUUCGAAUCGGGAAUAUUAUUACAGUAUUAUCCUGUUGUUCUCCAUCGGAAACCCUCGAUACACUCGGCUAUAAAAUAGCAAAGGGCACGACCUCGUUUCAAACCCCCUCGUCGCUGCUGCGUCUCUCUCUCUCCCGCAACCUCCAGAUAAUAAAAAAACAAUAAGCGACCAUGUUGGUGUACACCGAUCUUCUCACCGGUGAUGAGCUUCUCUCUGACUCUUUCCCUUACAAGGAGAUUGAGAAUGGGAUUCUUUGGGAAGUUGAAGGAAAGUGGACUACCAAGGGAUGUGUAGAGGUUAACAUUGGUGCCAACCCAUCUGCUGAGGAAGGUGGUGAGGACGAGGGUGUUGACGACUCUGUUGAGAAGGUUGUUGACAUUGUCGACACUUUCAGGCUUCAGGAGCAGCCCACUUACGACAAGAAGGGGUUCAUCGCCUAUAUCAAGAAGUACAUCAAGCUUUUGACGCCCAAGCUCACCCCGGAACAGCAGGAGGAGUUUAAGAAGGGUAUUGAGGGAGCUACCAAGUACCUUCUCCCCAAGCUCAAGGACUUCCAAUUCUUUGUUGGGGAGGGCAUGCACGAUGACAGCACUAUUGUCUUUGCUUAUUACAAGGAGGGUGCUACUAACCCAACAUUUUUGUACUUUGCACAUGGUUUGAAGGAGGUCAAGUGCUGAGUGAGAAGCUCUUUGUCGGGUUACUAUGGUCGGGUCGCAGCGACUCUCAGUUUAUGCUUAUGUGUUGUGUUUUUGGUCGUCCCCCUAUUAAAAUUUGUCUACCAGUUUGCUUUUUUUCUUUCUUGCGUCUUGUGUUCUGUGUUGGGAGAUUGUUAAGUUAUUUGAUCUCGAAUACAAACGGUUAUUUGAAUUUUGGUCGUCUACU